CCAAAAUCCAAAUAAAUAAAAAAUCAGCCUACUUUAUGCGUUGCUGGAGUCGCUGCCUUCUGGAAUCAGAGAGAGAUACCUCGCAAAAAUCAGCCUUCUACCUUCGACCGACCCGUCGGAAAAUAGCCUCACCUUCGCGGCCAGUAGCUGGUUCUUCCCCCCUCCAGCCGCCGCCAGCACUCCAGAAGUGAUAGAACCGGGCAACUGCCUCCUGCAAACAUUUUCUGGAGGACGAUUGUGGUGAUCAAGAUCUGGAAAAUGGUUUACAUUACAUCUUGGGAUGAGUUUGCUGAAAAAUCUAUUCAGCUUUUCCGCGUUGAUCCGGAACAAACUAGGUAUGUCAUGAAAUAUCGGCAUUCCGAUGGUAAAUUGGUUCUCAAAGUCACCGACAAUAAAGAGUGUAUAAAGUUCAAGACAGACCAAGCUCAGGAUGCCAAGAAAAUGGAGAAGCUAAACAAUAUAUUUUUCACUCUAAUGGCUCGUGGACCUUUUGAGGACAUAUCAGAUGUGGGUGGAAAGGAGCAGCAAGAGACUCAGACCACUAAGAGAGGGAGGGGCCGGAAACAAUAACUAUACUCUAGUUAUCCAAAUCCUAUGUAUUCCUCCUGCAUCCAUAAGAAAACCAUUCAAGAAUUAACCACAAACGGAUUCCUUCAUCAAAGGUAAAUGUGUUCUUUGUUUUAGGGGGUUGUGUUUGAAGUUUUUGAUGAUGAUUGUUACAACUACCUUUGAACCCCAAGGUUUGUUGUCUGCCCGUUUGUUUUCUUCUAUAUAGUUUUUCAUUUUGUGCUCUUGCAAUUUAUCUUUAGCAUUUAAAAGGAAGUUGGGAUCUUUAAUGGUAAGUCUGGGAGCUUGGAUUUGGA